AUGCGUUUCUCAACCUUCAUCGUCGCUGUCGCCACCACUCUGGCCAUCGAGUCCGUCGCCCAGUCGGAACAAAAGAUCAACAUGUCGUGCAAGUUCGCGGCCGAUCACACGGGCAUGGUCCAAUAUCCAUACUGCUGUCGGGACAUGCAGCCUGCGAAAAACAAUGCCAAGUCAAACGAGGCCACUGAUUGCCAGCUGUUGACUGAGCCCCAGCUGUGCGAGGAUCAAUCCCGCCCUGCUUGCUGCUACACGAUCGGCCCCAAGAAAAUUUGUACCUCGCACGUCAUCUUCCAGAACGCCGAGGAUGUCUGA